AUGUGCUUCAGCAUCGACUCACCCGACUCCCUGGAGAACUACCCGGAGUCGGGCAUGCUUGAGGUACGCCACUUCUGCCGCAGCGUGCCUACCAUCCUUGCGGGGACCGAAGGACCCGUACACGCUGUCGGAGCUUGCCAAGACGAAUCAGAGGUGACAGGAGGACCACCACCGCUUGGGGCCGGUGUCGCCGGCGGGACAGCACGCAGCAGUGGGUCUUCGGCCGAUGAUUGUAUCGAUGGCUUGAACAGCCUGAAGCUUUCCAACAUCGAUCACGACACGGAAAACAGAGAACCUUCUCAGCCGAAAGAGAGCUCGCCAAGGCUAAGCAAGAGGGGCGGACACGAUUACGACUGGCUGCGGCCGCUGUCGUACUCGGACACAGCCGUGAUCCUGAUGCGCUUCAGCAUCGACUCACCCGACUCCCUGGCGAACCACCCGGAGUCGGGCACGCUGGAGGGACCGAAGUACCCGUACACGCUGUCAGAGUUCGCCAAGGCGAAUCAGAGGUGGCAGGAGGACCACGAUCGGUUGCGGCCAGUGUCGUACCCUCAUGUGCUUCAGCAUCGACUCACCCGACUCCCUGGAGAACCACCAGGAGUCGGGCAUGCUUGA